UGUCUGGAUAUCCCAACCAACAAGGCCCACCGCCUCAUAUGGGAGGCCAGAAUACUGCUGAGUAUGGUCAUCCUAGUCAAGGAUACCCGCAGCAACCGCAACAACAACAGCCGCCGCCUCAGCACCAGCAAAUGCCUCAAAGUCAGUUUAUGCAACCAUCGCAAAACGCACCUGGAAGUUACCAGGGACCCCAAGGUCAACAGGGUCCUGGAUCCCCAGCGCAACAGCAAUUGCAGUAUCAUCAGCAGGCUAUGAUGCAGCAACGACCACCGUCUCAGUCGCCAAACGUCGCGACUGGAAGUCCGGCUCCAUUUUCACCAGCGCCAUCCUCAGCCAGCAGCGGACCUGCACCGACCCCGCCACCAGCUAAUCAGCAGCCGACUCAACCGCAACAUCACCCAGUAGCUCAUCCACAACAGCAACAACAACAAGCACCAAAUGCUGCGAUGUAUUCAGGAUACCCUGGACAAAACCAGUCUCAGCAUGGAGGGGGUAUGCCAAUGCCGAAUAGAGGUCAUCCGGUUGGCUACUCAGGAGGUCAGGUUUCCCAAUCCACCCACGGAUAUCCAGGGACUUCAUCCCAGGCUCAGCCGCAGCAAUACAUGCAUCAUUCUGGAUAUCAUCAGCAGAUGCCAGCAAGUGCGCAAUAUCAAAGUGGAAGUUCACAACAUGUUCCGGGACAAGCGCCAAUGUCUUACGGAGGCCAGAGACAAAACCCUGCUGGAUAUCCUCCUCAAGCACCCCAAGGAUAUUCGCAGAGCCAGCAGUACUACCAUCAAGGACAACCGAGUCAGCAGCCAUCGCAAGCACAGCAACAAGCCGGGCAAAGUGUUCCUGUACAACAGGGAGCAGCAAUGUACAGUGCACCUUCGCAAGGAACUGGCCCUUAUGGACAAAACGAAGCGACUGUAAUGCGACAGCAAGGGGUUCCACCUGGACCCAGUGCACCGACGACCUCAAUGGCAAGCGCUCCACAACAACAACAAAGAGGUCCGCCACCACCGAAUGCUUCAGUUCCUCCUGGAUACUAUCAACACGGCCACCCGCCAGGCGUCCCGCAACAAGGAAUGGCAUAUGGACAGUAUAGACAAUACACUUCUCAUGAUUUGCAGGGAAUGUAUACGGCUUUGACUCAGAUGCAGGAGCGAGGAAUGACUGAUGACCCCAAGUAUCACAAUUUGCUCAAGUUGUACAGACAUACUCAAAUGCAGCAUCAGCAACAGCAGCAGUACCAGCAACAUCAAAGGUAUUACCAACAGAUGAUGAUGCCAAAGGUGCCCCAUCCAGGAGCCAUGAUGCAGCCUGCCGGUCCCCCGAGUCCUUCACAUGCAGCUGUUCCUCAAAGCUCAAUGACAUCUAGCCAAGGAGCUCCUGCGUCAUUUGGAGCGCCGAAACAGACCAUUGGACCCAGCGAAGUCAAAGCUGUGGCAGAAAAAGCAACCCCAGACUAUCAACAAAGUUCCAGCGGACAAUCAUCGGAGAUUAAUCAAGAGGUUCUGUCGAAGGCAGCGGAGCCUUCAUCUCUUCCAGAUGUAGUCAAAGCUUCAACGGAGCAAGAGGCUCCUGUGGGUCCCGUGGCUAUCAGUCACCGAGGAGGAGGAGCAGCAGUCGCAGCUAAAGUGCCGCCGAUGAUGCCUCCAGGCAUCCCAGUUCAGCUGACGGGAGACCAGUCGCUGACUCUGAGAGCUCAAGUGCAGGCCUAUCGAUACAUAGUGCGGAAUUUGCCCGUUCCAACUAACCUGCUGGGGGUUUUGUUCCCUCCAAAGCCGAUGGAGACUGUAGAUACGAGUGAAGCUUCGACCAAGUCUGAUAAAGAGUCUGGAAAAGAUUCUGCUAGUGAUGCCGGCAAGGCAACCAUGCCUCCGCUAUUCACAGGCCAGAAAAAGCUGGCACCAAUGUCCAAGCCAUUAGGCAUUGAUGAGAUGACUCUGUUACAAGAAAGAGAGAACAGAAUCAGUUCUAGAAUCGGGUUGAGAAUGAAAGAACUGGAAGCUGUUAAUCUGGACGAAUUUGAUCAAGAUUCGAGAAUGAAGGCUGAAAUUGAGUUGCGAGCAUUGAAGUUGCUGAAUUUCCAGAAAGCGUUGCGAGCUGAAGUGGUGCAUGGAAUGCGUCGCGAUUGCACGAUGGAGACGAUGCUGAAUUUGAAGCUCUAUAAGCGAGCCAAAAAACAAACUUUGAAAGAGGCGAGAUUGACUGAACGGUUGGAAAAGCAACAAAAGUUGGAAAUCGAGCGCAAGAAGCGACUGAAACACCAGGAGUUCUUGAAUGCCAUUUUGGCCCACUCUAAGGAGUUCAAAGAAUUCCACAGGACUGGUCAAAGUCGAACUAGCAAGGUGAACAAAAACGUGAUGGCAUAUCAUAACAAUGCUGAAAGAGAGGAACAGAAGCGGCAGGAAAGGCUGGAGAAAGAGCGAAUGCGACUUCUGAUGGCCGAGGAUGAAGAAGGUUAUAAGAAGUUGAUUGACGAGAAAAAGGACAAACGAUUGGCGCACUUGUUGCAACAAACUGAUGAGUACAUUGGAUCUCUGACUAGUUUGGUGAAGGAGCACCAAGCUGAGUUGGCGAAAAAGAAGCGAAGUCGAAAGAAGAAGCCGGACGAGGGAGCGAAUCAGGAGGACCAGACGAUUCCGAGGACAGUGACGUUCGUGGACCCGAGUGGAAUCCAGGUGCAGCGGGAGAACACCACGUACGCAGACGCGAGGGCGUUUGUAGACGCGAAUCCAGGGUGGAAGCUGUUGAAUGAGAAAGGAGAGUUGAUGGAAGAGGAGGAGGAGUCGGAAGAAGAGGAGGCUGAGGAGGAGAAGGAAGUGGAGGCGAAAGCCACUCCGACUAAGGAUGAGGCGCCCACUAUUUUGCUGGAUGAUGCCGAAGUAGAUGCUGCGGCGAUUAUUGCGAAAGCGAAGGAAGACGUGGACAAAGAGGAAGACUACAAGGCCAAGGACAACCAAUCCUACUACUCUAUUGCUCACUACAAGCGAGAAAAGAUCACUGAACAGCCCACUAUUCUGAUGAACGGAACCCUCAAGCCAUACCAGUUGAUGGGUCUUGAGUGGCUUGUCUCUUUGUACAACAACAACUUGAACGGAAUCCUGGCCGACGAAAUGGGACUGGGAAAGACAAUUCAGACGAUUGCGUUCAUAAGCUACCUGAUGGAAGUGAAGAAAAUAAACGGACCCUACUUGAUCAUUGUACCCUUGUCAACUCUCUCAAAUUGGCUGGGCGAGUUUGAAAAAUGGGCUCCGUCUGUGAGUGUGAUCGCAUACAAGGGAAACCCACAGAACAGACGUGCUCUGUGCUACAAAAUCAGAGCGAACCAGUUCAAUGUCCUGAUUACGACUUAUGAGUACAUCAUGAAGGAUAAAUCAACCCUGGCUAAAAUACGGUGGAAGUGCUUAGUUAUUGACGAAGGCCACAGGAUGAAAAACCAUCAUUGCAAGUUGACCCAGACUUUGAACAUCAACUACAUAGCACCACACCGUGUGCUGUUAACUGGAACUCCGUUGCAAAAUAAGUUGCCAGAGUUGUGGGCUCUGCUGAACUUCCUGCUUCCCAGUAUUUUCCACUCGUGCGCCAACUUCGAGCAGUGGUUCAACACUCCUUUUGCGAAUACAGGAGAACGUGUGGAUCUUAAUGAAGAAGAGUCCAUGUUGAUUAUCAGACGUCUGCAUAAAGUGUUGCGUCCAUUUCUUCUGCGACGUUUGAAGAAGGAGGUGGAAUCCCAACUUCCAGAUAAGGUGGAGUAUGUAAUCAAGUGUGAGAUGUCGGCUCUACAGAGACUGCUGUACAAACACAUGCAGAAUAGUGGCAUAUUACUCACUGAUGGGUCGGAGAAGGGCCAGUCGGGAAAGGGGGGCGCCAAGACUCUCAUGAACACUAUCAUGCAGCUGAGGAAGAUAUGCAACCACCCCUUCAUGUUCCCACACAUUGAGGAAGCGAUUGCCCAGACUUUUGGCUACCCUGGAAGUGUGGUGAAUGGGAUCGAUCUGUACAGGGCGGCUGGCAAGUUUGAAUUACUGGACAGAGUUCUGCCCAAACUGAAGGAGACUGGCCACAAAGUGCUCAUCUUCUGUCAGAUGACCACCUGCAUGCACAUCUUAGAGGACUACUUCAUAUUCAGAAACUACACCUACUUGCGACUGGACGGAACUACGAAGGCGGAAGACAGGGGGGACAUGUUGUCCAAGUUCAGUGACCCCGCCAACGACUGCUUCAUCUUCGUCCUCUCCACCCGCGCGGGGGGACUGGGGCUGAAUCUGCAGGCAGCAGACACCGUCAUCAUAUUCGACUCCGACUGGAACCCACACCAGGACUUGCAAGCGCAAGACAGAGCCCACCGGAUUGGACAGAAGAACGAAGUGAGAGUACUGAGACUGAUGACAGUUGGCACUGUGGAGGAGAGAAUUCUGGCAGCUGCCAGGUACAAACUAAAUGUGGACGAGAAGGUCAUCCAGGCAGGCAUGUUCGAUCAGAAGAGCACCAGCAAGGACAGACACGAGUUCCUCUGGGCCAUCCUUGCCCAGGAUGACAACGACGAUGAGGAGGACGACGAAGCUCCAGACGAUGAAACCUUGAACCAGAUGCUGGCGAGGACGGAAGAGGAAUUCGAGAUGUUCACCCGAAUAGAUUUAGACAGACGCCGCCUUGAGGCUCGAAACCCGAAACGAAAGGCACGACUGAUUGAGGAGCACGAACUGCCCUCGUGGCUGAUCAAAGACGAGGCAGAAGUGGAGAGAAUUACGACUGCCGACGAUAUGGACAAAGUGUUUGGAAAAGGAAACCGCGCGAGAAAGGAAGUAGAUUAUGCCGACAGGCUCACGGAAGCCGAAUGGCUGCAAGCGGUCGAAGGGGGCAACUUGGAAGACUGGGAAGAAGAGGUGGGCGAUGGAAGCAACAAUACACCGACACCCGCGGGACCCGGACGAGGACGAAAAAGUACUGUGGAAGGGGGGACUGGGAAAAAGAGGAGGAAGAGACUUGAAGAUGAUGACGAUGAGGAUGUGCAUGUAGGGAGGGGACCGGGUAAGAAGAAGGCGAGAGCAGGCAGGAACUACGUCAGCCCUGAAAAUCAGGAGGCACUGCAGAAAGUGAUGCGAGGAAUCAUUAAGAAGGUCUGCGAGUUCACCAGGCCGGAUGAAGAUCUGCCGCUGAGUACGACUUUUAUUCAGUUACCGUCGAGAAAGGAGCUACCGGAUUACUAUGAGUUCAUUAAGAAACCAGUCGAUAUAAACAAAAUCAAGAACAAGAUCAAAAACAACAAGUACAGAUGUCUGGAGGACCUGGAAGACGACUUCAUGCUCAUGUGCAAGAAUGCACAGACUUAUAACGUAGAAGGCAGUGAGAUAUUCGAGCACUCUAUUGUUCUGGGAUCCAUAUUCACGGAUAUAAAAGAGAAGUUUGAAAGGGAGUUUGAGCAGAGAAUUGCGGCUGGGCAGACGGGGGGAGGUGGGGGUCAGGCAGGUGGAUCGUACGAUGGUGACAACCAUUUGUCAGACUCCGAUUUCGAAGACUACACUAAAAAGAAGAGUCAUAAAAAGCGCAAAGACGGCAGCAGCGGGCGAGGGCGUGGCGGCGGCACUGGACGUCGCGGUCGGAAACCAGCCGCGUUGUUAGCCGCAGAACGUGAACUAAGUGGUCAGCCAAUAAAUCAACAUGAUAUGAGUAUGGACAUAAGUAACAUCAGCUCGGCCAUCGAUGAUACCACUAUUCCCCACGGCAGCGGAAGUGUGACCCCGGCGGGGGGUCCCUCGGGGGCGGGGGCGUCUCCUGCGAGUAGAGUUAGUGACGAGGACAAGCCCCUGUCGGGAAUAGUUGGACAAGAUGGAGAUAACAGUAACAUCACACUACCCAACAUGAGCGGAGACGAGACGAGACAUUUAGUUGUUUUGUUGAAACCGUUCAAAUACUCGCCACCUACGCUUCGGAAGCUGAAGUGACCAAUGAAGUUACUGGAGAAGAUACCAACCAAUAGACCCGAGAAAAUCUUGAAACAAUAACGACUUAGUUGGAAUAAUUUGAGGCGUUUUGAUUGAUUUUGUAUCUCUGUGAAUGUUCAUUAUGUUAGUUUUUAUUUAUAUUGUCAUGAAAACUUUUUCGUUAUUCCGGUAGUGAUUCGAUAAAUUGUUAAAUUGUUUUGAUGUUGAGUUGGUUGAUUAUGCCUGUUAUAUUUUUAGUUAUUCCAUGUAAACGUCUAAAUAAUACACUUCGUUCAA